AUUGUCCAGGGUUCCGUUUACGUUUUUAAAUUGGUUAUUAGUUGUAAAUUAAACGUUUUUAUUAUGGCUAAUACAUUUAUAUUGCAUUGUUGCGCAGUUUUGAAAAACUUUUGCCUUUGAUGAGCAUCGUGUCAUGGCGACACGCAUGCAAGUUUCGUUGUGGUGCCGGCGGUAUGGGGGAUUGUUGCUGAUGUCUUAUCUAAUUUAAUUUAAUUAGGUUAACGUAGUAGUAUUAGUGAUUAGUUAAAAAGGAAUAUUUAUUACGUCCGUGACCAUCAAGUUCACAGCCCUAAUUCCUGGAGGCUGGCCUAUUUAAUCGACCAUGUGGAACCUGCCUGUCUUACUACUGGGCAUCUCGAGUGCAGUUGUCGCUGUCGUGCAGUGCGCCCCCCAGAAAGCUAUCUCUGUCACAUUGGACUCUAAAUGGAGCAACACACCUCUUCACUUAGAAGCCAGUGAAUUUUUUGCCGAGGAAAGUAGUGACUACUUCUGGCGUUAUGUGAACGACUUUCAACAACUGGACCUUGCUGCAUUCUCUAACAGCACGCCAAAGGCACAGUACGAAACCGUGCUCGAGGUGGCCACCAAGCACUUGUCGCCGGCCAAGCUGGCACUGCUGAAGCUGUCGCUGUCUCUGCGAGCCCACUCGCCGGCCGUCGAGACCUUCCAGCAGGCUGCCCGUGACAAAGGUUUUCCAGAGGAAUGCGAGUUUGUCAUUGAGGUACAAGGAGGCGGCACCAUCUGUAGCAUUGAGGAAUUGGACGAGGCUCUACGCAAAAGAGACAAGGAGGCCAAGCUGUACACCUUCAAGGUGGACCACUUCUAUGGUGGCACUGCUACAAGCAUCAGCCAGCAGCAGCAGAGGCCCGUGGUGAUCCUGCACGGCGACCUUGGCGCACCAGGCUUCAAGCACUUCCAUGAAGCUCUCGAGGAGCGAGCCAAGAGCAGGAAGAUCAGCUAUGUGCUGCGCCACUUCGUUCGGACGCCCUCUGCCAGCAAGGUCCGGCUGUCCGGUUAUGGAGUGGAGCUUGCUAUUAAGAGCACGGAAUACAAGGCUCAAGACGACACUAAGGUUAAAGAGGAGAAAAAUGUGGUGGAUUCUGAGGAAGUCGAAAAAGUUGAAAACAUGGAAGGGUUCGACUUCAAGAAGCUGAAGGAGCUUUACCCUGACAAGAAGGACAAGCUGAAUGUGCUCAAGUCCCACUUGACCAACUCUGGAACUGAGCUAGCUGCCCUGAAGGUGUGGGAGCUGCAAGAGCUGAGCUUGCAAGCGGCCCAGAAAAUCCUGCUUGCCCCACCCGAGGAUGCGCUGCGCACCAUGAGGGACACCUCGCAGAACUUCCCCUCGCAGGCACGCUCGCUCGUGAACAUCGCCGUGAGCUCCGAGCUCAAGAAAGAAGUGGAGGGCAACCAGCACGCAUUUGCCCAUACGCUCAGCCUGGAACCUGCGGAUGGGGCACUCUUCCUGAAUGGCCUGUACUAUGAUGUGGACGUCAUUGACCUCUUCAGCCUGCUGCAGAGUCUCAAGCAGGAGACCAGGCUGCUCGAGGGCCUGCACAACAUCGGCAUCCCUAAAGAUCUCAUCCCAAGCUUGGUGAAAGUGGACCUUGUAAACAACAAACAAGAAUACGGAGUUGACAUCAGAGACUCUGCAGUGCUGUAUAUCAAUGACAUUGAAACUGACCCAGUGUACCGCACCUGGCCAAGCAGCGUCCAGGACAUGCUGCGGCCCACCUAUCCCGGCAUGCUGAGGCAUGUGCGCAAGAACAUGUACAACCUGGUGGUCAUAGUUGAUCCUUCCAAAGAAAAUGCCAAGGACAUCCUAAAGCUGGCAGAGUCAUUCUACGUCCACCGGGCUCCCCUGAGGGUGGGCCUGGUGUUUGCCGUGAACCCCAACAUGUCUGUGACAGGAAACGAGGACGCUGGUGUGGCCAUGCUGAAUGCCUUCAACUUUAUCAGUCAGAACACCGUGCCUUACGAUGGACUGUCCUUCAUUACUGAUAUAUAUGCAGUAAGCAAAGGUGGACCCAUUACUACCGAGACGGUCAUCGCUCAGUUCAAGCUCAAGUUUCCUGGAGAGGACCUGGAGAUGGUUUUUGGGGAGGACUCGGACUAUGACACUGGACGCAAGCUAGCUUGGGAGUUCAUCAACAAAACAGGCAUCACCGGCACUCCACAGGCACUCCUGAAUGGCGUCUUGUUGAAGCAAAGUCAUUUAAAUGCAGACAUGUUCGAAGAAGGUGUCCUGACCGAAAUCAUGAAGCAGACUCCCAUGAUCCAGAAGAGUGUCUACAAGGGGGAGCUGAAUGACUCCAAGGAUGUGCUGGACUUCUUGAUGGAACAGCCAAACAUAAUGCCUCGGCUGAACCAGCGAGUUCUUGCACCAGGCACCAACUUCCUGGAUCUCACUGGGCGUGUUGUUGUAGGACUGACUCCUGAUGACUUUGCAUCACUUUCACCACCAGACAUGGGAGCUACAUUUGCUUCGCAGGUUCUAUAUGUACUGCCCAAAGACCGGACAAGGUACUACCCGCUGACUGCCUGGGUGGUGGGAGACUUUGAGACAUCGGAGGGGCGGCACCUGCUGCGCAAUGCCAUGGAACAUCUGGCAGCCAUGGAAGACCCUUUGUUUGACGACAGCACCAAUGACAUGCGCUUCGGCGUUGUUUUCAACCCUGGUGAAUCAAGCACCACAAACGGCCCAUCUGCAAAUAAGGUUAUUUGGACGGCACUAGAGUCACUGCCGGCAAUGGAGGCCAUUGGGUUCCUGCGAAAACUGCUCUCAGAGAAGAACUACGCUGAGUUUGCUGCUGGCCGGAAAGAGGCUUUUGAAUUCCUUUCACCCAACUCAAACGUGGAUGCAUUCAAGAAGGCCCUGGCAGACUGUGACGAUGGCUUCCUGACGUGGCACAGGACGUUCUCCAGGCUUGCUCUCAAGCUCUCCCCGCAGCAGCGUGCCGUGGUCGCUGGCGGAAGGAUAAUUGGUCCAUUCGAAGACAGUGAAGUGUUCAACAGCGACGACUUCAAUCUCCUGGAGCGCUAUUCCUUGAGUGCCUAUGGGACGAAGAUAACAGAUAUUCUGAGAGCUGAAAGUGACAGCCCUGGUGAUGUGGAUAGUGAUCUUGCCAUGAAGGCUGCAAGUGUGUUGAUGUCGCAUGUGCAGACAAAGGUACGACACCAAGUGAAUGCAUACAAGGAAGAGAAAAGCGUGCUGAAGAUUCCAUGCUCUCAGCCAGAUGAGCCAGCACACGAGGUGAUUGUGAUCGUGGACCCUGUCUCACGAGGGGCUCAGAAGAUCUCGCAUAUACUACUGGUGCUCCAGAAUGUGAUCAAUGCCAAUGUAAAGGUUUUCUUCAACUGCAUCGACAAGCACUCAGACAUGCCCCUGAAGAGCUACUACCGUUUUGUGCUGGAACCGGAGCCCCAGUUUGGACUAGACGGCCAGCUGGGUCCAGGGCCGUACGCCAAGUUUGUGAACAUGCCGCAGUCUCCCCUGCUUACCCUGGGUAUGGCGACCCCCGAGAACUGGCUAGUGGAGGCAGUGCGAUCUCCCUACGACCUUGACAACAUCCACAUGGAGCAGGUGGAGAGCAGAGUGCACGCCGAGUUUGAACUGGAACAUCUGCUUUUGGAAGGGCACUGCUUUGAACAGUCGAGUGGCAACCCGCCGAGGGGCCUGCAGUUUAUCCUGGGCACCCAAAGCAACCCUGCUGUGGUGGACACCAUUGUGAUGGCAAACCUGGGUUACUUUCAGCUGAAGGCUAACCCUGGUACUUGGACUCUGCGCCUGAGACCAGGGCGCUCCAGUGAGCUUUAUGACAUCACAAGUCAUGAAAACACCGAUUCCCCACAGGACUCAAGUGACGUUCUAGUCGUAAUCAACAGUUUCAGAAGCCAUGUUCUGAAAGUGAAAGUUGGCAAGAAGCCUGGAAAGCAAAGUGAGGACUUGCUUUCUGAUGGAAGUGAGGAUGAAAAUGAUCUGUGGAGUUCACUGUCACAAAUACCUAUAGUUGGCGGCUUAUUAACGGAGUGGAGGCAGAUAGGCAGAGCAGUCUACAGCUCCAUUGUGGGCGAGCCAGCGAAGAAAGACGAGGAAGAGCAUGAUGAUGUCAUCAACAUAUUUUCGCUUGCUUCGGGGCAUCUCUAUGAGCGACUCUUGAGAAUUAUGAUGCUCAGUGUGUUGAAGAACACAAAGACGCCUGUCAAGUUUUGGUUCCUCAAAAACUACCUAUCCCCUACAUUUAAGGACGUGCUCCCUUACAUGGCCAAGGAGUAUGGCUUUCAGUACGAGCUAGUACAGUACAAGUGGCCGCGCUGGCUCAACCAACAGACCGAGAAGCAGCGCAUCAUUUGGGGGUAUAAAAUAUUGUUCCUGGAUGUACUGUUUCCUUUGGAUGUGAAGAAGAUCAUCUUUGUCGAUGCUGACCAGGUGGUGAGGGCUGACAUGAAGGAGCUACGGGACCUGGACCUUGGUGGAGCCCCAUACGGUUACACGCCCUUCUGUGACAGCCGUAAGGACAUGGAUGGUUACAGGUUUUGGAAGUCUGGCUACUGGGCGAGUCACUUGGGAGGACGCAGGUACCACAUUAGUGCCCUCUAUGUGGUGGACCUGAAGAAGUUCCGGAGGAUAGCUGCUGGGGACCGACUGCGGGGCCAGUACCAGGGUCUCAGCCAGGACCCCAACAGCUUGUCCAACUUAGACCAGGACCUGCCAAACAACAUGAUUCAUCAGGUGGCCAUCAAAUCCUUGCCCCAAGAAUGGCUCUGGUGCGAAACAUGGUGCGAUGAUGAGUCCAAGAAACAAGCCAAGACCAUCGACCUGUGCAACAACCCAAAGACCAAGGAGCCCAAGCUAGUGAGUGCCGCUCGCAUCAUCAGCGAGUGGAAGGACUACGAUGAAGAGUUGAAGCAAUUUAUGGAGCGCUACGAAAGUGGUGUGCUUAGGCUAGAUACAGCGGAAGCUGACAGUAAGAAAGUGGACGUGAAGCUUGAUGAUGGCAAAUUGCGGGAUGCUGCCCAUGUUGAAUUAUGAUUUUCACUCAUCCUUGUUUUGUACAGUGGUUGAUCGCUCACACCUGAUUUUUGUUUUCCUUUUGCCUGUUGUCAUAUACUUACACACACACACACACACACACACACACACCUCUUUGUACAUGCUUGUGUGGGUCUGCGGUGCGUGGUGACACGUGUGGAGAGCAUUGAGUUCAAGAAUAAAAAUCAUCUCGCAUGACAACCUCA